GUUAACCGAGUUAACCAAUUACACCAAGUUAAUCGAUUAUGCUGGUUCAGCUGGUUAUUGCGAUCAUGCCGUGCCAACCGAUCAAGCAUUUUACUCAAGGCUACUCUGGUCAAAUUUGAAAUC